CCUUCAAAGCAUACUAGUGGUUCAUAGGAAGUCUGAGGCAGACUUAUUUAGAGAACUUUGGUUAACAUUACUGAAGACUCUCUACUUAAUUCAGGAGAGUAAGCCAGUGUACAGAUAGAAGCUCUGACAUAAUGCAGAAAUGAUAGGCAUGUAUGAGACAGAUGUGCUAGUAUCAUGAGGCUAUAACUCAAUAAUUCUUGAUGUUGCUAUGAGGAAAGGACUCAGAAAUGACUGAUGUAGAGCCUGUGGUCACAGAGUUUUCAUCUUCAGGAAGGACAGGUCGUCGGAAUGCUUUACCAGACAUCCGGGAGUCUUCUGAUAAUCCUGAAUCACCAUUAGAACUGCCUCAAAAGCUAGAAAACCUCAACUUGUCACAAAGUAAUGCUGAAAAUACUGUUGCCGAUGAUCCAGCAAACACUGAAGAAAAACAACCGGACCAAAACGACGAGGAAAAUAAAUCAGAGAUGAAAAAAGAAAGCUCGUAAACACUAGGGAGUGCUAGAUUUAUGUAUUCAAAGGGAGAUACUAAUGGCCUUAUGGUUCUGCUUUUCCUAAAUCCCAAGAUUUGGUAGUAACUAUAGUGACAACUGCAGGUCUGUGCAACAUCUCUGUGUUUGGAAAACUUUGAUGUGAAUCUACUUAGAUUUCUGCACCAAUUUCAACUGUAGGCCAUUCAGAAAGUAAGUGCUCUUCAGUUUGCAACCAGGAAAAGAGGGGGAAGAAUUUGGGAUUUUAAUGACAUCUGUCAUCAGGUGUGCUGCCUGAGAUGAGCCCAAUUAAUUGACUUUCAUGUUCUAAAAUAGUAAAAAAAAAAAAAAGUGCGGAAAUAACUGAGUAAUUUCUUUUCUUUUUUUUUUUUCCAUUUAAUUCUUAUUAUAUCAAGAAAACAGUGAUUGAGCAUGGAGUGGGAAGGAACACAGAUUAUUGGGACCACUGUCUUUGGUGGCCCAUCUCUGGAAACAGUAUCCAAACAUCAACAAUUUAGCACCCAAUAUCUUUUUCUAAUGGCAUGGCAUAGAAACUGGAGAUCUUGCCAUUGCCAGCCUUGGAGUUAGCAUAACCUAGGCUCAAUUUUGCCUCUGAUACAUACUAACUAUAGGAUCUGGGUAAAGUUAUUUAAUCUCUCAGUACUACCAAGAAACUCUCUAUUAUUAUAGAUGAGUUUUCCAUCUGCAUUGGUAAGGGUAGUUUCCACACCAGAAGUUCCUCUAUAUCAACAAAGCCAAAGGUUCAAAGUCUGUUUUCCCUCCUCCUUUCAGCUCAAAAGAGAGAACUAUGUAAAAAUGAUGGGAUGAAAAAAGUAAAAAUUUAUGAUAAGGAAAAAAUUCCACAAAAAUGUAUCAGAUUUUUUUUUUAACUGUGAAAAUGUUUUAAAAAAUUGUAAACAUUUCAACAAUUUUCUAAUAUCUGAGCUCUCUUUUAAUCAUUUUCUGCUUCAUAUUAUUUUGUGCAUGGUUUCUAGCUGGGUUUGUUUUUUUUUAACGUAUCCCUUUAAAGUCAAAAUUUGUAUACAAUUUGACAAAUUAUUUAAUUGAAACAUGCAAAUUAAAAUCAAUACAUCUCC